UGCGUACUGCGUAUAGGAACGCUAGGGAAAAGGCCGAAUAAUGCCGAAUACACUCGCAUUCCUGGAUCUCUUAUAAAUUACAGCCGCCAUGGCUUGCGAAACAAAAAACGCGUGUCUGAAAGGAUGCACUUGUUGCACUCGUGCAGUUCCUAUUGACUCAGACAACCUGAAUAGCUCGCUUUGACAGCUGCCAUGAAGAGUCUUCUCCUUUCCCUGGGCGCCGGCUUGGUCGCGGGACUUCCAUCUCAGCACAAUGUUCCCCGGGCUAUCGAAGAGCUACCCACACUCGGUUUGGCUAAUAUAACUAAGAUCGACAUGGCCACCCCCAGUGGCCUCAAGCACCGGGCCUUAUAUGGUCCGUUCAUGGGCGUCGACUUCCCAGACCCCAGUCUAAUAUAUGGCGACGGCUCGUGGAAAGCCUACGCGACAUCGUCCAAUGGCAAAGUCAUACCCGUCGCCACUUCCUCUGACACCCUGUCCUGGACGCUUACCACCACCGACGCUCUGCCGGACCCCGGGUCGUGGGUUGACCCAGAUGAUCAGAGUGUUUGGGCGCCAGAUGUUCAGAAGAACGAUGCCGGCACGUACGUGAUGUACUACACGGCGCACCAAAACGGCGGCAACCACUGCAUCGGCGUCGCCACAUCAGCAACGGCCGUGGGCCCAUUCACCCCGCAGAGCAGCCCGCUGAUCUGCGACGCGGCCGGCGGCGGCGUGAUCGACGCGUCGGGCUACGACGACGGCACGGACCGGUGGAUCCUGUGGAAAGUCGACGGCAACAGCCUCGGGGGCCUGACGACGUGCCAGAGCGGGACGCCUUCGGGUUCGUACGAGUCGACGCCGAUCAUGAUCCAGAAGAUGGCGCGGGACGCGAUGACGCUGGAGGGCACAGCGACGACGAUCCUCGACAACGAGGGCGCGUCCAACGACGGCGUGGUCGAGGCGCCGUCGCUGUACCAGAUCAGCAGUGGGGAGUACGUGCUGUUCUACAGCGCGCACUGCUACUCGAGCGACGACUACGACGUCGAGUACGCCUUCUCGAGCACCAUCGACGGCAGCUACACUAACCGCGGCAUCCUCAUCCGGACCGCCGACAACAAGGGCGUGUACGGGCCGGGCGGUCUGGAUAUCGACCCCAACGGCAAGAACGUGGUCUUCCACGGCCGGUUGGCUGCGAACGAAGGCGGGAGCGGCGCGAGGGAGCUGUAUAGUGCUGAGCUGACUAUUAGCGGGACGUCGAUUUCGGGGGUUUGAUUGGAUGGGGGUGGCGUUUAUGUUUGGGAUGAGUACUUUUUUGCAUUUUAUCGUAUUCA